ACGUAUAGAGGUCAUGUUUCAACGCGGCCGCGCACGCGCUCUUGCGACGCCGCGAUCGUAACAACGCAACCCUACAAAACAUUUAUAAAAAAAAAAUAAUCUCGUACCACCCGCUUUGUGAACGAAAACAUAGUGACAGUGACGUUUCGGGGGCAGACGGUGACAGUGAACCGAUACAAUAUUGUUUGAAAUUAAUUAAAAAUUAAAUGUGUUGAAUAAAAUUUUCUGUGUUCAGUGCUGUGACCGAUCUAAAUUGGUGUAGCGAUCGAUCUGUAUCGCAGUGUAGUGUUGUGAACUGGUUUCUUGGAGAUGAUGGGUAUGCCAGCUGGUUAAGGGGAUGAUGCGCAAAGAAGGAGCCGGCGCGACCGGCGGCACGGAGUACGCUUUGGACGCUGCUGAUUGUAUAUCACUGCAGCAGAUUCUGCAGGCGUUCAACUCGACGAUAAGCGAGGAGCAUGCUUGGGCACUGUUCUACCAGACGUCCCGGUGCUACCAGAAAUGCCUGGCGGACGGGUCCACCUGUUAUUUACCCACAGAGCCGAGACAUGUGAUAAUACAUAAGGAUGGUAGCGUACACCCGACCACGUUCCUACACCCCGGAGAUGACAUUACCAGAGAGGAAGUAAACUCAGAAAUAAAGCUGGUAGUGAACCUGGCCAUCGUGAUUUAUACCGCGUUGGACUACACCCACGCCGAGGAUGAGGAGCGACUCAUCACGCCGGACCUGGAGCGUCUCAUCACAGAGAUGACCAGUUGUGACAUUGGAGAUGAUGAUGAAGAAUGCGGAGUUCUGUCAGAGACUUCGGAGUGCGGGCGCGCGGACACUGACGACGAGGGUAUUGAGAGAGAUGCAGAACCGGCGCCGCGGCGCAGACGUAACCGGAGGACGUUCACACUCCGGGAUGUUGUAGAACGCUGCGUUUGGCAUUGCGGUGGCAGCGGGAGAUGCGUACGGGAUGCUGCCGCUGCCCACUACCGAGCGGUCUGCCGGGCCCUCGUAGCCGAGGCUCUGGAGCUGGCUUCCUUCCUCGCCAGGGUCAGGGUUGGGGGCGCGAGAGACCUCGGUGCUGCCGAAGAUUCCGCCACACAUUUGGACACUUUACAGUUUUCUGAUUGGGCGCGGUUUUGGAUGCAAGUAAUUGGAGAAUUGAGAAUGGGAGUCAAAUUGAAAAAAGUUAACUACUCUAGGACACCUAUCGAAUAUGAAUUGACUCCGUAUGAAAUUUUAAUGGACGAUAUUAGAUCAAGAAGAUACACCCUUAGGAAAGUAGAUGGGGCAAUACCUCAGAGUGUGAAGAAAGACGCCCACGCAAUGAUUCUCGAAUUUAUUAGAAGUAGACCUCCACUUAAAAAGGCAUCAGAACGCAAACUGGCACCACCACGCCGAGAGGUGACCCCUAGAGAACAACUCCUGGCUUCAAUACAAGUCGGCAGGCAGUUGAGGCCUACACCUUACUCUAGGAAAUUAUAUUCCAAAUCCGUUCCCGUAUCCCCUACUCCUUCCGAAACAAUGAAACCAAAAUUGACAAUGAUAUUUUAAUAAAAUUUUUCAAGUAUAUACAUAAUUUGUAAUGUGUAGUACAAUUUUUUGGGUUAAUUUAUAAUUCUUUUCUACGUGUAUUGUGUACAUUUUGACGUUUACGUUUUGUAUUAAUAAUAAACCUAAUGUUUGACUUCCAUAGGAUUUUUUGUUACGACGCCUGAUAAUUAAAAAUAGCAAUGUUUAAGUAAAUACGUGUUUACUUGAAUCUACGCACAACUUACGUUCGUGUUGUGUUACGUAUAUACGUUAAAGGUACAGGAAGUAAUUUGAUUUAGUUUUAUAAUAUGACUAUUUGGAAUUAAUUACUUAAUGUACACCUAAACACUAUUCAAGAUAUAAAAUCAAAACGUUAUAAUUUC